GCGGAGGCUGCGGCCGCAACAGCCGCGGCGAGGAAGGGACCUGGCAGCCCCCGAGCUCGGUGCAAAGGCAUCGCGCUCUCUCCUCGCUCCCCUGCUCCCCCACCCCCUUCUCUGCCCCUUUCACCCUCCCUCUCCCUGGCGUUCCCAGCAGCCUAGGGUUUCAGAUGUCCCACCGCCGGUUGACCCCCUCCCCCCUCUUCUCCACCCCUGCAAAUGAGGUUUGACCAGCAGAGGCAGAGCCCACCUCUGGCUUAGAAUCACUGACAUUUAGACUCCAGGCUUCAACCUGUUUACAAGCGGACUUUCCAAAGGAAGGGGGUGGGGGAUAGGGCCAUACAAAACACCAGCCGCCGUCCCCCAAAACAAAAAGUGACUUUCGCAGCCUUCAAAUCGGCAGGCACCACUAAAAACAGAAAGGAAGAGAGGGAAGAAAACAACGGCGACUGGGCAGCUGCCUCCACUUCUGACAACUCCAAAGGGAUAUACUUGUAGAAGUGGCUCGCAGGCUGGGGCUCCUCAGAGAGAGACCAGAAGGUGCCAACCGCAGAGGGGCGCAGAUAUCUCCCCCUAUUCCCCACCCCACCUCCCUUGGGUUUUGUUCACCGUGCUGUCAUCUGUUUUUCAGACCUUUUUGGCAUCUAACAUGGUGAAGAAAGGAGUAAAGAAGAGAACAAAGUAACUCCUGGGGGAGCGAAGAGCGCUGGUGACCAACACCACCAACGCCACCACCAGCUCCUGCUGCUGCGGCCACCCACGUCCACCAUUCACCGGGAGGCUCCAGAGGCGUAGGCAGAGGAUCCGAGAAAGGAGCGAGGGGAGUCAGCCGGCUUUUCCGAGGAGUUAUGGAUGUUGGUGCAUUCACUUCUGGCCAGAUCCGCGCCCAGAGGGAGCUAACCAGCAGCCACCACCUCGAGCUCUCUCCUUGCCUUGCAUCGGGUCUUACCCUUCCAGUAUGUUCCUUCUGAUGAGACAAUUUCCAGUGCCGAGAGUUUCAGUACAAUGUGGAAAUGGAUACUGACACAUUGUGCCUCAGCCUUUCCCCACCUGCCCGGCUGCUGCUGCUGCUUUUUGUUGCUGUUCUUGGUGUCUUCCGUCCCUGUCACCUGCCAAGCCCUUGGUCAGGACAUGGUGUCACCAGAGGCCACCAACUCUUCUUCCUACUCCUUCUCCUCUCCUUCCAGCGCGGGAAGGCAUGUGCGGAGCUACAAUCACCUUCAAGGAGAUGUCCGCUGGAGAAAGCUAUUCUCUUUCACCAAGUACUUUCUCAAGAUUGAGAAGAACGGGAAGGUCAGCGGGACCAAGAAGGAGAACUGCCCGUACAGCAUCCUGGAGAUAACAUCAGUAGAAAUCGGAGUUGUUGCCGUCAAAGCCAUUAACAGCAACUAUUACUUAGCCAUGAACAAGAAGGGGAAACUCUAUGGCUCAAAAGAAUUUAACAAUGACUGUAAGCUGAAGGAGAGGAUAGAGGAAAAUGGAUACAAUACCUAUGCAUCAUUUAACUGGCAGCAUAAUGGGAGGCAAAUGUAUGUGGCAUUGAAUGGAAAAGGAGCUCCAAGGAGAGGACAGAAAACACGAAGGAAAAACACCUCUGCUCACUUUCUUCCAAUGGUGGUUCACUCAUAGAGGAAGGCAAUGUUUGUGGAUGCAGUAGAACCAAUGGCUCUUUUGCCAAGAAUGGUGGAUAUUCUUCAUGAAGACAGUAGAUUGAAAGGCAAAGACACGUUGCAGAUGUCUGCUUGCUUAAAAGAAAGCCAGCCUUUGAAGGUUUUUGUAUUCACUGCUGACAUAUGAUGUUCUUUUAAUUAGUUCUGUGUCAUGUCUUAUAAUCAAGAUAUAGGCAGAUCGAAUGGGAUAGAAGUUAUUCCCAAGUGAAAAACAUUGUGGCCGGGUUUUUUGUUGUUGUUGUCGUUGUUAAGUUUUUGUUUUUAAACCUCUGAGAUAGAACUUAAAGGACAUAGAACAAUCUGUUGAAAGAACAAUCUUCGGGAAAGUUAUUUAUGGAAUACGAACUCAUAUCAAAGACUUAAUUGCUCAUUUAAGCCUAAUGAAUCAAUGAACAGUAAUACAUGCAAGCAUUUACUGGAAAGCACUUGGGUCAUAUCAUAUGCACAACCAAAGGAGUUCUGGAUGUGGUCUCAUGGAAUAAUUGAAUAGAAUUUAAAAAUAUAAACAUGUUAGUGUGAAACUGUUCUAACAAUACAAAUAGUAUGGUAUGCUUGUGCAUUCUGCCUUCAUCCCUUUCUAUUUCUUUCUAAGUUAUUUAUUUAAUAGGAUGUUAAAUAUCUUUUGGGGUUUUAAAGAGUAUCUCAGCAGCUGUCUUCUGAUUUAUCUUUUCUUUUUAUUCAGCACACCACAUGCAUGUUCACGACAAAGUGUUUUUAAAACUUGGCGAACACUUCAAAAAUAGGAGUUGGGAUUAGGGAAGCAGUAUGAGUGCCCGUGUGCUAUCACUUGACUUAAUUUGCACUUCUGCAGUAAUAAACAUCAACAAUAAAUAUGGCAAUACUGUGCCAUGGCUUGAAUGAGAGAUGUCUGCUAUCAUUUGAGAACAUAUAUUACUCUCGAGGCUUCCUGUCUCAAGAAAUAGACCAGAAGGCCAAAUUCUUCUCUUUCAAUACAUCAGUUUGCCUCCAAGAAUAUACUAAAAAAAGGAAAAUUAAUUGCUAAAUACAUUUAAAUAGCCUAGCCUCAUUAUUUACUCAUGAUUUUUUGCCAAAUGUCAUGGCAGUAAAGAGGCUCUCCACAUCUCUAAAAACCCUCUGUAAAUUCCACAUAAUGCAUCUUUCCCAAAGGAACUAUCAAAGAAUUUGGUAUGAAGCGCAACUCUCCCAGGGGCUUAAACUGAGCAAAUCAAAUAUAUACUGGUAUAUGUGUAACCAUAUACAAAAACCUGUUCUAGCUGUAUGAUCUAGUCUUUACAAAACCAAAUAAAACUUGUUUUCUGUAAAUUUAAACAGCUUUAUAAGGUUCCAUAAUGUAACCAUAUCAAAAUUCAUUUUGUUAGAGCAGGUACAGAAAAGAGUACAUAAGAGUUUACCAAUCAUCAUCACAUUGUAUUCCGCUAAAUAAAUACAUAAGCCUUAUUUGCAGUGUCUGUAGUGAUUUUAAAAAUGUAGAAAAAUAGUUCUAAAUACUUAUAAGCAAUAACUAUAAUAGUAUAUUGAUGCUGCAGUUUUAUCUUCAUAUUUCUUGUUUUGAAAAAGCGUUUUAUUGUUUGGACACAGUAUUUUGGUACAAAAAAAAAGACUCACUCAAUGUGUCUUACUAAAGUUUAACCUUUGGAAAUGCUGGCAUUCUGUGAUUCUCCAACAAACUUAUUUGUGUCAAUACUUAACCAGCACUUCCAGUUAAUCUGUUAUUUUUAAAAAUUGCUUUAUUAAGAAAUUUUUUGUAUAAUCCCAUAAAAGGUCAUAUUUUUCCCAUUCUUCAAAAAAAUUGUAUUUCAGAAGAAACACAUUUGAGGCACUGUCUUUUGGCUUAUAGUUUAAAUUGCAUUUCAUCAUACUUUGCUUCCAGCUUGCUUUUUGGCAAAUGAGAUUAUAAAAAUGUUUAAUUUUUGUGGUUGGAAUCUGGAUGUUAAAAUUUAAUUGGUAACUCAGUCUGUGAGCUAUAAUGUAAUGCAUUCCUAUCAAAACUAGGUAUCUUUUUUUCCUUUAUUUUAAAAUAAUAAUUGCACCUGACACAUAAACAUAGACCACCCACAACCAAAAUUAAAUGUUUGGUAAGACAAAUACACAUUGGAUGACCACAGUAACAGCAAACAGGGCACAAACUGGAUUCUUAUUUCACAUAGACAUUUAGAUUACUAAAGAGACUAUGUGUAAACAGUCAUCAUUAUAGUACUCAAGACACUAAAACAGCUUCUAGCAAAAUAUAUUAAAGCUUGCAGAGGCCAAAAAUAGAAAACAUCUCCCUGUCUCUCCCACAUUUCCCUCACAGAAAGACAGAAAACCUGCCUCGUGCAGUAGCUCACACCUGUAAUCCCAGCAGUUUGGGAGGCUGUGGGAAGAUGGCUUGAGUCCAGGAGUUCUAGACAGGCCUGAGAAACCUAGUGAGACAUCCUUCUCUUAAACAAAACAAAACAAAUGUAGCCAUGCGUGGUGGCAUAUUCCUGUGGUCCCAACUACUCAGGAGGCUGAAGCGGAAGGAUCUCUUGGGCCCAGGAGUUUGAGGCUGCAGUGAGCUAUAAUCUUGCCACUGCACUCCAGCCUGGGUGAAAAAGAGCCAGAAAGAAAGGAAAGAGAGAAAAGAGAAAAGAAAGAGAGAAAAGACAGAAAGACAGGAAGGAAGGAAGGAAGGAAGCAACGAAAGAAGGAAGGAAGGAAAGAAGGGAGGGAAGGAAGGAGAGAGAAAGAAAGAUUGUUUGGUAAGGAGUAAUGACAUUCUCUUGCAUUUAAAAGUGGCAUAUUUGCUUGAAAUGGAAAUAGAAUUCUGGUCCCUUUUGCAACUACUGAAGAAAAAAAAAGCAGUUUCAGCCCUGAAUGUUGUAGAUUUGGGAAAAAAAAAAAAAAAUUGGAGAUAUUGAGAGAUCUGCCUCUGUAGGAGUAUUGGUCCCAGGCCCACAAAGUUAAAGUGCAUCAGCCACAAAUAUGUGUCCAUUUGAGUUUUGGUUCUGAGAAUACUCCUCAUAAAGAUAUAGAAUCACUCCCUCCUCCUAACUCCCAAAAGGCUGAACAGUGUAUAGUAUGUUACACUUAAAUAAAAACAAUAAAAAUCUUGGGAAAAGAAAAUUAAAAUAUUGUCCUUGUUUGUUUUAUUAGUCAGAAACUCUACCUGGUAAUAAAGAGAGAAGCUCAAGUGUGUGCAUGGCAGGAUGUGGUUAAAUGCCCCACAGCCCCAAACAACAACAACAGAAAAAAAAAAUUACUCAAACAUUUGUAAGUUUUCUCUAAUGUUUCACAUGUGUGAGUUAGCUAUCUUUAAUAACAACCAAAUGCUUUCAAUCUUUUCUAAAUAUUCAGGUCCACCUAAUUUACACAGUGGAUAAAGAAAAAUGAAUUGGAAACGAGGAUGGCUUAUGAAACAAUGGAAGACUUUUGGAGGAAAGCCAGGUGGCUGCAGAAUCUGACUUCAAGGGGAUGAAUGACCAAUGAAUUUGACUUGAAAAUUAGAGAGAAAAAAUACAUAAUAAUGCAAGUUGCUUCCAGGGCCCAAGCAAGUUUAUGAACCCAAUUUACAUAGAUCAGCAUUAAUGCUGCACAGUUCUAAUAAUUUGGAUGCUGCCAAUUCAAGGUUUGUGAUUAUUCAGUGAAGUAAAAUUUACCUUUUUCAUAUUACUGAAGGGUUCAGCUGGUCCAAACUUUGUCUAAAUAAAGUUAUAUAUGUAGCUUAAAAUAUUUAAGAGAAGAUGUCUAGUACAUUAGAAGUAGGACAUAUACAUGCCAACAGAUACCAUAUUGAUUAAGAGUUCUUGUUUAUUUCAUGAAGCAGGACUUUUCCAACUUAAACUGAAAAAAAAUAAAAAGGAAGAGGAAUAUCUUUGAAGGAUGCUCAGGAGAAAAAGGAACUCUGAGUUCUAUGAGUACUUAGAAAUGAAGUAACGAAGAUCUGCUUUCCUCUCAGACAUUCAUUUUCUCUUACCCUUCAUUGGUUUUAUUUGGUUAGGCCAGAUUGCUUCUAGUCUACUUCUUUCCUACUCCAAAACCAAAAACCCCAAACUCCUUUACUACAAGAUCCAAAAACGUAAACAUCCUAGAUAUAACUCUUAUUGGCCAGGUUUGGAUAACAUACCAACCUCUAGACCAAUCAGUAUAAGAGAUUUGGGAAUUGUGAUUGACCAAUCUUCAGUGACAUGACCACAGAGAGGCAAGGUGAAGAUUUUGGCAGCGCACACAACCGCAACUAGUGAAGAAGAGUAAACCAAGGAGACAGCAGUGCUGCAGGUGCAAAAACCAAAUGAUUGUUUGCUACAUCUUAUUAAAUGAAGCUAUGACAUAAAAACAUUUUCUAUUCCUAUAUUUCCCACCAAUUCCAAUUAUUCUUCACCUGUUUGUCCAAAUUAGAGAGGUUUCAAGAUCAUUCUCUUUCAUAUGUUCUUUACCAUUGAAAGAUUAUAUUUGCAUUGUUUUGUUUUAAGCCAAGAGUAGGGCCCUGGAUAUAGCUAGGCUCACUGUGGUUUUGCAAACUUUAUAUUGGGAUGAAUGCAAGUUUUCACUGAAUAAAAAGCUGGUCCUUCUACUUCAACCUGUAUCACAAUAUGAUGUUAUAAAUGUUUCUUUCAGUUUAUCCCAAGAGCAUGUGCUAGUAUUUUCAAGUGUAUCGACAUAUAGAAAAAAUCUGAAACCCUGAUGUCAUUCAUUGUUUAAGUGUAAAAUAAAAAAAGA